AGUAAAGUACAGAAGUAGUUGUACUGAAUAGAGUAUUAUAUAAAAAUAAUGUAUAUGAGUAUGCAAUUGAAAACAGAGUCAAGUGAGAAUAAACACGGUGAAAUAUAACCUGAAAAAUUGUGAUUUUUUUUUAAAGUACUGUUUCUAAAUAUUUUCAAGAACAAUUUAAAUUAUUUAUAAAACAUAUUUUUAUUAAAGACUUAUAUUCUUAAACACUAUGGUGAGAGCUUGUACUGUGAAAAGUUGCCCAAGUGGCCGGAAAAAUAAAAAAGUAGUGAAAGAAACAUCGUGUUCUAUGUCUUUUUUUCAAGCAAAAACCUCAGCAAGGUUACAACAUUGGACCAAAUCUUUGGGUAUAGCGUUGAAAGCAUCCGAUUACAUUUGUCAAUUUCACUUCAAGGAAAAAGAUAUAAAAAUGUAUUCCAAGAUUGUCAUCGAAAAUGAUGUUCACUUACAUCAUUUAAGCAGAAAAGAUCUUACAGAAGACGCAGUACCAACGAUCGAACAUCAGUUGCAGCUCAAUCCUCAACUGCAGCAACAAGAUCAGCAACAACUAAAUCAAGAGCAACAGCAGUCGGAACAAGAGCAAUUGCAACCCGAACAAGAGCAACUGCAAUCCGAGCAACAGCAACCAGAACAAAUACCGCAAAUUGAAAAACCAAUUUCGUAUUUCAGAAAAAAUUUAACAUUACUACCCCAGCAUUGGACUUACGCUGAAAAAUCUGACGAUAUGGAGUUUGUUCGAAUUGAUCCUGUGCGAAUGUAG